CGACUGUCAUUCACAUUCCUCGCAUACAGCCCCUGCAAUCUGACCUGGUUUUGGAUUAAAUUAGUGAAAAUUAGAUAAAUUAAAAAUGAGCAUCACCGUGGACCCGCGUCGCAAGGAAAAAAUCAACCGCUACAAGGCUCCUAAGAAUCAGGGUCAAAGUGGAAGCGCAAACGAAGACAUGAUGCCGGAUUACAUGAACAUUUUGGGCAUGAUUUUCUCCAUGUGUGGACUGAUGAUGAAGCUGAAGUGGUGCGCUUGGUUUGCCCUAUAUUGCUCCUGCAUAAGUUUUGCAAGUUCCCGGGCCAGCGACGAUGCCAAACAGGUACUCUCUUCCUUCAUGCUGAGUGUCAGCGCCGUGGUAAUGUCCUACCUCCAGAACCCAGCUGCCAUGACCCCGCCAUGGGCAUCGUAGCACAACAUACAAUCUAGUCUAGUUUGUCUAGUUUAGAUGAAGGUGUAUACUUUAUUGCGUUCCGAAAAGGAUUAAAAGGGACUAUGAAUUUGA